AUGUCUUCGAUAAACUCUAAUACUCAAAAAAAAAACAAUAACAAUUUUAUUGAUGCUUCUCAGAAAGAGUCAUUUGAUGCUAAUAAACUUAUCGUAAAUAUUGGGGCUACUUCUUUUCUAACAGGCUUUCUUGGUGCAUUAUGGGCAAUUAAACGUGCAGAAUCAAAAGGAACAUAUAAAGACCUUACACCUAAAAAAAUGGCAGAAUUGGACGAGUUUGCAAGAUAUAGAAUAGCAACUUUAUUUACUCUGAAAACUUUUGCUUUAGGAACAAUUCUUUGUUUAUCAACGGCUGGUUUAUUAACAAUUGGAAUUGGAUCUUGGUUAAAAGUCAAUAAUAGAAUGAAUGUCGCAUUACAGAAUGUUGUUAACAAAGUAUUAGUGGUAGGACCUAGCAUUGUUACCAUUAGAGCAUUAAGAGAAAUAUUUGGUGGGAAUUGA